UUAGGGGAUUUUUAUGGAGUGGGGGGGGGGGGAGGAGGAGGAAGAAGAAGAGGAAGAGGAAGAGGAAGCAAGCGGUGGGGGGGCUGAGGAGGUGGAGCUGGAAGUCAGCGACCCCGAUGGUCUGUUCCCGGCUCUGUGGGGUCGCGUGGCUCCUUUGGGGGUUUUUGGGUUCCUGUACGGCGCUGUGGGGUCGGCGGUGGCUGUGGGGCUGUGGAGGCGACAUCGGGCUCAGCAGCUCCACGCACAGCAGCAGCGCCUGUGGGACCGCAGAUUUCUGCGUGUAUCGGAACCUGGGCCCCACAACAGCUAUGGGAACGCGCUCUGCCCCACGGCUCAUUCCUCACCCCCCGCACAGCUGGCCAGCCCCAUAGGCAGCCCCCCCCAGACGCCGUGGGGCAGCGACCCACAGCACGAGGAGGAGGAGGAAGAGGAGGAGGAGGAUGAAGGCUACGAGCACCCAGACAGCAACAGCGAUGGAUACGAGAACGAACCCGGAGCGCCUGCAUCACGGAGCUCUGCUGGGAGCUACGAGAACGACCCCAAAUCCGGCCCAGCUUCAGCCGCCCUGAGCCCGGGAGCAGCGCAGCUCAUCACAGGGCUGCAGCGGGCGCUGCUGGCAGCACAGCGCUGGGACGGGCGCAGUGACGGCUCCGCAGGUUCACAGCCCUACGAGGAGAUGGGGGGCACAAGGAGGGCAGCAGCGCCGUGUCGGGACGGGCAUGAGGACGAUGCCGGCUCCUAUGAGAACAUGGCGGGCGCUGAGCUGACCCCGUGACCCUGCCGUGACCCCAUGUGAACCCGCUGUGACCUCGUGUGACCCCAUGACCACACCAUGACCCCAGUGUGACCCCAUGACCCUGCUGUGACCCCACUGUGACCCCUUCUGACCCCAAUGGACCCCAUAGGGAUUCCAUAGAGCCCCACUGACCCCAUAGAGACACCACAGACCCCACAGAGACCCCAUAGAGAUCCCGUAGAGCCCCACAG